CCGGAAAUGACGUUUCAGGCCGCUGGUCCUCCAGCAUGAAGUUGAGCCCUCCGUAAUUCUGUAUAUAUUUUUUAACUCACACAAAUUUUAUGCUACAUUUUUAGGAUGUCUUAAAUUCGAGUAAAGUUUUAUUGUGUACAUUUGAAAAUGUAAAAAUGUACGUGCUUCGAAAAUUCUUCGUCUCUUGAGCCUUCUCUUGCUUCCCUUGCAUGGCGCUGUGUGUAACCGUCUUGCGCCGCAGCUUUGCACCGAGUUUCUUGGCAACAACAGCUAUCAACUGUCAUCGUUUCUUCUUUCUGAAGACGUCAGCAAUCACACGCUUCACUUCAUCUUUAUAUCCAAAAGCCUCCAGAAUGAGCAAGAAGCUGCUGAUGGAUGUGGACUGUGGUGUGGAUGACGCGCAGGCCAUCAUGUUAGCACUAGCCGCCCCCAACGUGGACCUGCUGGGAGUGACGUGCGUGCAUGGAAACACCACAGUGGAGAACGUGUGCAGGAACACGCUGCGGGUUUUGCAAGCUUGUGAUCGGCUUGAGAUUCCAGUGUUUAAAGGUGCUGCCAAGCCCCUCCUUGGCAACACGAUGAACGCGAGCCACUUCCACGGGCUGGACGGCCUGGGAGACGCCCCUGACCCGAACGCUCCCAGCAUGGACCUGGUGCAGGACGAAGGCGCCGUGUCAGCUAUGAUCCGAAUUGUCAAUGAGAACCCUGGAGAGGUAUCGCUGGUUGCCACGGCGCCGCUCACCAACCUGGCUCUGGCCGUAAGGUUGGAGCCGUCUUUGCCGAGCAAGCUGCGGGGGCUCUACAUCAUGGGAGGCAACACUGAAUCACGAGGGAACACCACAGUGUGCGGGGAGUUUAACUUCACAGCUGAUCCGGAAGCGGCGUACAUCGUGCUGAACGAUUACCAGUGUCCAACCUACUUGGCAUGUUGGGAGUUCACGUGCUACAGCAAGCUGUCCUGGGAGUUCUGUGACGCCUGGCUGGCGCAGCCCACACACAAAGCUCGCUUCAUGGCACGCAUCUUCCGCCACAGCAUGGAGGCGUCACUCAGCGAGCACGUCCAGAAGGAGCUCGUGGGCGGCAGCGGAUUUGUUUCCUGUGACUCGUACGCCGCGGCCGCCGCCGUAGAUGACGCGUUAGUCACCGAGACCGACUGUUACCCGGUCAGCGUGGAGCUGACGGGCACGCACACGCGAGGCAUGAUGGUGGUGGACAAGGUGGGAUUGCUCAAGAAGACUCACAAGGCUCUUAUCAUGAAGAAGGUGGACAUGGAGAGGUUUAAGGAGAUGAUGAUGGCCGCCUUGAAAUAGUUCUUAAUGCUUGAAGAAUAGGCGAUUCCACCCGUCACACUGAACUAGGUUAAUGUUUUUCUUCACAUGAAUAAAAUGAGUAUACUGGCUCUUUUUUGAGAGGA